AUGGGGGAGGAGGAGGAGGCAAAAGAGAAUCUUGUUCACAUGAGGAGAAAAUCUGGUGACCCCUUUGAAAUCUGGAGUUGUAAGCUGCUGGAGAAGAUAAGAAAUAUUAACCCUUUAUUUAACUGCUUUCUUUCAGAGAUGUGGUACUGGGUUUUCCUCUGGGCUCUCUUCUCCUCUCUCUUUGUCCAUGGUGCUGUGGGAGUAUUAAUGUUUGUGAUGCUGCAGAGGCAUAGGCAGGGGAGGCUGAUUUCUGUCAUUAUGGUCAGCAUUGGAUUUCUGUGUUCUGUAACUGGAGCAAUGAUAACCAGUGCUGCAGUAGCUGGAAUCUACAGAGUGGCAGGAAAGAAUAUGGCUCCCUUAGAAGCUCUUGUUUUUGGUGUUGGACAAACAGUACUGACAUUAAUUAUCUCAUUUUCAAGAAUUCUUGCAACACUUUGAGACCUCUGUGAAAACUUUCACCUCAUUUAAAGAAAUCUUUAAUCUGAAGAGACAUUUCCUGUAAGUGGAUUCAUCAGCUUGUGAAUUUAAAUUAGUGCACAAGGAAGGAAGGAUGUGGAAUGUGCACUACAAAUCCAGAGGUUUGGUCAAAUGAGCAGACUGUCCUCUAGUGUCUGAACUGUUGUACUUCUGCACUGCACCUUAUGUGCCUCAGUCAUAGGCAAGGUGCAAUUCAAAUAUGUGAGGUUGAGAUAAAGCACCUUGAAUAGCUGCCAGUCAGGUUAACGCUUGGUGAUGGGAUCAUUGUCGUUAGCAAUGUUUUAAUAAAAAAAGAGAUACUCCUGAAGAGUAUGCCAAACUUGGAAUUUAAUUCUUAACUGUUGUUUGGGUGAGCUUUUGAAACUGUAAUUACAGAAAAAUGCUGUGAACAUAAACUCUACAUGGAUUCAGGUAAACCAGUCAACUCACUUUUCUUUAUUAGCAGAAUCUCUGAAUGCUCAAUAUCCUUACUCAGCAUUAAAAACAACUACUUGCUCUGUUUUGAAAGGUAGAUGAGCACUGAUGGUAUUUAAGAACUACAGCUUUAGCAACACUAAUGUAAUUAGUACUAUCUGUAGAAUGUUUGACUUGUGGCAGUUCCCUGAAGCUCAGCACAGUAUUUCUUCAUGGUUUUAUGUCUGCAUAUUAAAUCUGAGAUAUUCAGAGAUAUUCAGACAUCACUAGUUUAAGGAGACUAUAUAAGGGAUACAAAGUACAAUCUGUUGUAUAUGCACAAAAAAACCCUUCAAUUGAUACUUUUGUUGUAAAUAUUUUGUCUUAAAUACAGGUGGUCACCAGCCCUCCAAAAGCCUCAGAAAGGCUGCUUGUUGCAAAUAAGCUUCCUAUAUUUAUUUCAGUACUGAUAGGACUCCUUAAUCCCUACAUAUAUUCUUUGAAGGACAGGCAAAUAUAACAUAGUCUUUAAGAGCGUACACCUAUGAGGAGAAUGGAAAGGGAUAAAAAUAAGAUAUAUUGGUAUUCUAUUGGACAAAGAUGGUAAGUUGGUUUAAUAAAAUAGAGUUGCCUUCUUUCAAAAGUUCGGAAGUAGGGCACUAUAAUGUAUUUAUUUACUCGUUUCUGAACGCUUGGUAUCUGUGGAAUGGUUAUAUAUGUGGAAUUUUCAAAUACUUAACUUUCAGUAGAGUUUGUGUUUUCCUAGUUUAAAAGGAGCAGUAGUGUUGUGCAUGUGAACUGUCUUAAAUGUAAACAAAUUCUAUUCACUCCAAAAUAUUUCACGUCUAACUUAUGAAAUGCAAAAUUUAAAAGGGCGAAAAGUUCUGUGUGAGGAAUAAGGAAACUGAAUGCAGCAGCAGCAGUUGGCUAUAAUGUGCUGGCAGUAAGAGUAAAUAGCCCAAAGGUGUUGCUGUUAACCAUGUCAAAAAGAUUUUUAGGCCUGCUGAAGUCACUGGCAUCUGCUGCACAGCUAAAAGGAUAUGGUUAAAAUACAACAUACAAUUCAAUCAUAUUGCUUAGUGCUUCAGAGUAUUAUAAUGAAUUAACCAGUCUGCCAUUACUUUUUUCCACGUAAACCUUAAGAGUUAAGGAUGCUAGUAUUAAUUUUGUUCUUCUGAAGUAUUUAAGGCUUUUGUUUGGAAAAUGUACAAAGUUACAGGCUUUGCAGAGAACAAGGUAAACGGAAGUUUAUAAAUCUUUUCAGUGUUAAAUAUUUUGUCUUUGUAUUACUUUUAAAAUGUGACUAGAUAUAUAUAUUCUAUUUUUUGUGUGUCUUCAAAAAUUUAUUUUUCAUAAUUCAGUUUUUUCUGCUGAAACUUUUUGACAGCAGUUUUGCACUUUAGCAGACAAUGAAAUUAUUACAUCUGUAAAAGGCGAUUUAAAUUUCUCUCUAUCUUAAUUUAUGAGAAAAAUACUUUCAGGUAUUUAAGUCAAGUGUAAUAAAAUAAUUG